AUGGGCCGUCCGAAGCGCAACGUCCUUGCGGCGGCUGAAUCCUCAAUGACCCCACCUGACGAGUUGAACGAGUCCCAGUCCCUUGCCCGCGUGGUCAAAGCCGAGGGCAACAACCUGUAUAGCUGCUCCUUGCCAGACAAACGCGCAGUCAUUGUUGAGCUCGCAGAGAGAUUCCGCAACACCAUCUGGAUCAAGCGUGGCGGUUAUGCCCUGAUCGACCUGUACCCUAUCAAAGAGGUAAAGGGCAGAGUCGAAGGGGAGAUUGUCAAUGUUGUGCGCGAUGAGAGAGAAUGGCGAAAACAGAAGUACUGGCCCAAGGAGUUUGUGAGAGUCACUGACGAUGAUGAUGACGACGAGUCAAACGUGGGCAAGAUGCCACCCUCAGACUCGGAGGACGAAGAGUGA